AUGGAUAAAGGGACGAUUAAAAACGAGAAGAAUCAAUUUAGGAUGAAAGAAUUGGAAGAAGAAGAAAUGGAAAGAAUCGAAAGAGAAGAAAUUGAUGAAAAAAAGGAAAAUGAGAGAGGAACGGGAAUGAUAGGAGAGUGA